UCCCCAUUCAGCUUUCUUUCCUCCUUCUCGAGGCUCCGAGACCCCACGUAGUGCGGUCCGAAAAGGAGGACACGGGCCCCGUGCCUCCCUCACCCGUUCCCCGACCUCCCCGGGCCAGCCUCAUAUCAUCCGGGCCAGCUCCCGCAGGGUGGUCGGUAGCUCUCCAUCACCAUGAGCCUCUUCAAUCUGGACCGGUUCCGCUUCGAGAAGAGGAAUAAAAUCCCGGAGCUGCCCGAGCCAGCCCCCCAGCCGCCGCCGCCGCCCCCCACUCCUCCACCCGCUCCUCCGAAGGCCGAGCCUCCUUCUCCCGUGUCCACUAUCAUCGAAGAUGACGAUCUGGAAGGGGGGAAAGGGAGCAGGCCGGGAACUCCCGAUUCAGACAUAACCGAAAAAACAGAAGAUUCCAGUGUACCAGAAACUCCAGAGCCUGAAAGAAAGUCAAGUGUAUCAUAUUUCAGGAAUCAAAAAGGAAUACAGUUUAUUGAUUUAUCUUCUGACAGUGAAGAUUUUGGCUCCCCAAAUUGUUCCAAUAUAAAUCAAGACCAAAAGUCUGAAAGAGAACCAGUGAUUAUAGUUUCUGAGCAAUCUGAAGAUGAACAAACCGAAGAGUAUCCUGAUGUGACACAAAGAAAUGAUGAUAUCUCAGAGUUGGAAGACCUUAAAGAUGCAAAGCUUCAGACUUUGAAAGAACUGUUUCCACAAGGAAGUGACAGUGAUUUAAUUAAGUUGAUUGAAUCAACAAGUACAAUGGAUGGAGCAAUAGCUGCUGCAUUAUUGAUGUUUGGUGAAGGUAUCCCUCGGAAAAGAAAAUUAGACUCAUCUUCCUCAUACUCCUCUGAAGAUGAUGAGGAUGAUGAUGAUCAAACUGUAAAAAGGAAACGAUUCAAUCCUCUUGAAGAAUCAAAGGAAUUUGAAGAACCAGAAGAUCAAUGGGACAAGCAGGAAGCAAUUGUAGCAAAGCUGCAGACUGAGUUUCCCAGUUUGGCUAAAGAGGAACUAAGAGAAGUACUUCAGGAACACGAAUGGAUGUACAAUGAAGCUUUGGAAUCUUUAAGAGUAUUUGCUGAAGAUCAACAAGGUAAAAAAUCUCUGCCGUACACCGUCACGAAGCAUCCAGAUUUCACAACUGCAAAUAAGGUUGCAAUGGUUACAGAUGUACAGUAUCCUUCAAAAAGUGAAGUUUCAAAUGGAAAAGCCGUCUCAAGAAAGAGUCAAAAUCACCUUAAAAACACAUCUAAGACAAAGAUGAAACAAAAAUGUGCUGUCAAAGCACAGAAUGGUUUUAACAAGAAAGGCAAAAAAACCCUUUUCAAUCCUAAAAAGGAAAUGCAGGACUCUGAAUAUGAUUCAGGCUCUGAUGUCGGGAGCUCUUUGGAUGAGGACUAUAGCAGUGGUGAGGAGGUGAUGGAGGAUGGCUACAAAGGUAAAAUACUUCACUUCCUGCAAGGGGCUUCAAUUGGUGAACUCACUUUGAUUCCCCAGUGCUCUCAGAAAAAGGCUCAGAAGAUAACAGAGCUCCGGCCCUUUAACAGUUGGGAAGCUCUGUUCACAAAAAUGAGCAAGACAAAUGGGUUGUCAGAAGAUUUAAUAUGGCACUGUAAAACAUUGAUCCAAGAAAGGGAUGUAGUUAUAAGACUUAUGAACAAAUGUGAAGACAUUUCAAAUAAAUUGACAAAGCAGGUGACCAAGCUUACUGAAGGUGGAGGUGGAUGGAACAUAGAUCAACCUUCCAUUCUAAACCAAAGUUUGUCCCUCAAGCCAUAUCAGAAGAUUGGUUUGAAUUGGCUAGCACUGCUACAUAAACAUGGACUAAAUGGUAUUUUGGCUGAUGAAAUGGGAUUAGGGAAAACAAUUCAAGCCAUUUCCUUCCUGGCAUACCUCUACCAAGAAGGUAAUAGAGGUCCUCAUUUAAUUGUUGUGCCAGCUUCAACUUUAGACAACUGGAUAAGAGAAGUUAACUUAUGGUGCUCUAACCUAGAUGUCCUCUUUUAUUAUGGUUCUCAAGAAGAUCGCAAACAGCUUAGAUGUGAUAUUCAUAAUAAAGUUGUAGACUUCAAUGUGAUUGUGACUACGUACAAUUGUGCAAUUAGCAGUUCAGAUGACCGUGGUCUAUUUCGACGGCUAAAACUUAACUAUGCAAUCUUUGAUGAAGGCCACAUGUUGAAGAAUAUGGCCUCUGUGCGCUACCAGCACCUCAUGACGAUUAACGCAAAGAAUCGUCUACUACUUACAGGCACUCCUGUUCAGAAUAAUCUAUUGGAGCUCAUGUCUCUGUUGAAUUUUGUCAUGCCUCAUAUGUUCAGUAGUAGCACCAGUGAAAUCAGACGAAUGUUCUCUUCCAAAGCAAAGUCAGCUGAAGAACAAAGCAUAUAUGAAAAGGAGAGAAUAGCACACGCUAAGCAAAUUAUAAAGCCAUUUAUUCUGAGAAGAGUAAAAGAAGAGGUCCUUAAACAGCUACCUCCCAAAAAAGACUGUGUUGAGCUAUGUGCAAUGUCAGAAAAGCAGGAACAAUUGUACUUUGCCCUUUGUAACAAAAUGAAGAAAUCUUUCAAUGGCAUAGAGAAAAGCUCAGAAAUGGGCAAUGUGAUGAUGCAACUAAGAAAAAUGGCCAAUCACCCUUUAUUACAUCGUCAGUAUUACACAGCUGAAAAACUCAAAAUAAUGUCACAGCUGAUGCUAAAGGAACCUACACAUUGUGAAGCUAAUCCUGACCUGAUUUUUGAAGAUAUGGAAGUCAUGACAGACUUUGAACUACAUUUACUUUGUAAACAGUAUGCACAUAUCAAUGACUUUAUGUUAGACAUGGAUCUCAUUUUGGACUCUGGAAAAUUCAAGAAACUAGAAUGCAUUUUGUCUGAAUUAAAAGAAAAGGGUGACAGGGUUGUAUUAUUUAGCCAAUUUACUAUGAUGCUGGACAUCUUAGAGGUUCUUCUAAAACACCAUCAGCAUAGAUAUCUUAGAUUGGAUGGAAAGACUCAAAUUUCUGAAAGGAUUCACCUAAUUGACCAGUUCAAUACAGACAUGGAUAUCUUUAUAUUUCUGCUAUCAACGAAAGCUGGUGGACUUGGGAUAAAUUUGACCUCUGCAAAUGUCGUCAUACUUCAUGAUAUUGACUGUAAUCCAUACAAUGAUAAACAAGCUGAAGAUCGAUGCCAUAGAGUAGGUCAGACUAAAGAAGUACACGUCAUAAAGUUAAUAAGUCAAGGGACAAUAGAAGAAUCCAUGCUUAAAAUCAACCAACAGAAACUGAAACUAGAAAAAGAUAUGACCAAAGUAGAUGAAGGUGAUGAAGGAAACGUAGCUGCAGAUAUAGCUACGCUACUAAAGACUUCUUUAGGUCUCCAAAAGGAGGAUUUCUAAUUGAGGAGAAAAUACCAACUUGGUGCACCCAAGGACAUUGACAUUACUGAAGACCAUGGGAUUUAUGAACAUUUAUAACUUUUUAUAAUAUCCAUAUUGUAUUUCUCAUGGUAUGAAAGAUUUUUGCCACUAAAUGAAUUCUCCAAAUGCUCAAACCUGAAAUAUAUAAUUGCCACAAGAAACGUAGUCCUUAAGAUGUUGAAUAAUCCUAUUUUACAAAGCAGUUUUCCAAAUGGGGAUUAGUUGGUGAUUGUUUGUAACAGAUCUGCUAAUGCUUUAGAUAUGUCAGUAUUUUUGUAAUUAUUUCUACCUCCAAAUAUAUAUAAUACUGUCUUUCACUGGAUAAUGUGUGUAGAUUUUUACAUGUGCCUUAUUUGACAAUGCUUAUGUUUUGUUUUGCCUGUCUUAACUCAUUUGAAGUACUGUUUUUUAUAUUAACUUAGUCAAAUAAAACUGUAUAGAUUAUGUAGCUUUAGUUUGAUUACUGUUGAAGCAGAUGCUCACCAUUGUCAUUGAGAACUCUGACCAGAAUUUCAAGGUGGUGACCUUUUACCAACAUCCCCCUCCCCCACCCCAUGUUUGCCUAGGGACUGUUUUAUUUUCCCAUGAAUAGUAAUGAAAAUAAUCCUCAUCUUGGAUUUUUUUUCCCAGGUGGAUGGAUUAUCACUAUGGAUUACUUAUUUUUGUUCCUCUCCUUAGCCUUGCACUAGUUAUGCACAUCCUUCUGGCUAGCCACAUGCAUGCCUCUUUGAUUUGCUUCUCUUGGCACUUGCGGCCCUGAUGCUCGUUUCAGUUUUCUUUUGCUGUCCAGAUCGUUAUUUAUUCCUGCCACAUUUCCAUGCAUCAACAGAGCGUGGAUGGAAUUCUUCUAGGCUGGCAGAACAAAUUCACUUUUGCUUCAUUGCAAAGUGAAUGUGAAUAUAGAUUGAGGCAGCAUUAGGUUAGGUACUACACAGGAAUUAAGAAUAAAUCCUGGGUGGAGGCAAUGUGAUGAAUACAUCACUUACUCCACAGCGCUACCAAGACUUAAUUCAGCAAUUUCCAGGAUAUUAACUGCUGAAGAGUUAGAACUUCAGUGUGGGUGACAUAGCGAAGAGUUAGAAGAACUAAAGUUGUCUUUUGGAUACCAUCUCUCUAUGAAGUCUUUAUAAAAUUUUGCCUAUUGUCAGUCAAAAUUGCUGUUUUUAUUGUACAUCUAUUUCUUUGUGUAACUUGUGAGCUUCAUGUGUUUUUGUUUCUAUUCUGUAAAUAUUAUUAUAAAUAAACUUAUUUAUAAAUGGAAAGUGUUAAAACCUAUAGGAUGUUAAUAUUUUGCAAGGGAUUGUACAUUUACAAAUGAAAAAGAUAUGAAGUAAUAACUUUCUAUGUAUGCUGAAAUGAUUUUGAAAUCAACUGAAGCCAAGCCCCUCAGAAUUUUUGAGAUAGGUUUGUAAAAGGUUCAUAGUAGUGAGUUUCAUUAUGGGAAUUUUGAUCAUAUUUUGGUUUGAGUGUUUGUUUAGACUGUUUGGUAAUGUAAAGCAGUGAUUCUUAACCUUUUCAACUAUGAGAACUUCUUUUGAACAUUUGAAAUGUUGUUGGCCUCCAUGUGAAAAGCAGUUCCACUCAUGUUGCAUGUUUUGUUGGAGCUAAAUAGAUCUAGCCAGUCAUAUUUGAUGUAGGUAUGGAUUUAAGGAGGAAUGGAGGGAGAGACCAUCAGUUUAAAAUGUGUGUGUGACAUCAAUUGUAAAUGGAGUAAAGCUGUUUAGGAUCAUAGCUUUUGAUCUGGAAGGGACCUUACAAAUCAUUGACUUCAGUUCUUUUGUUUUAGAGAUGAGAAAAUGAAGCACAGAGAGGCGAAAUGAUUUGCCCAGACAUAUCUAGCAUCACAUGUCUAGUGUCAGAUACAGGUUUGGAGCCCAGGUGGUCCUGACUCUUACAUACAGUGCUCUGUCCACUACACCACAGACAAAGUACUGGAAGCAAAUUUUUUUUUAAUUUUGUUUUAUAUAGUAUAUGGCAUUAAUGUAAAAAAGCUCCACCAACAGUGACAAAAUUGUCAUGGGAAAAAUGAUACAUUUGCCGUUAUUUUUCUAGAUGGCUUAAUAUAAAGCAUAAGCAAAAAUGAUUUUACAUGGUUCAAGUCGGGGGGAAAAGAAUAACCCCAGACCAGUCACUGGUCUACAUUCUAGUUUCUGGCCUCUGUUUUAUCCACUCAGCAAUCACUGGAAUGCUUUGAACUUUUUUUCGUAAGGCUACCAGUUUAGGAUGCUUGUCCAAGAGGUCAUGUUUAAGGACCAAAAGUGUGGUACUGCAAAUGUCCCAGUAGAAAUCAGCCCAGGUUACCUGAUGAUUAAAGAAGAAAAAACAGUCCUUAAGGUUUUCGUUUGUGUAUAAACUCUUAAUUUAACUGAAUUGUAUUCUGAGGUCUAAACUUUAAAUGUGGAAUCAUUUAUCUUCACCUUGCAUCUUAGUGAAAACCAAGUAAUUCCUCCCCAAAGAUCAGGGAGAAAAUGACCAGGAAGCCAAUAAUUUGAGGAGAAGAGUGAGAACUUCAGAGUGGGAGUGACCAUUACUUAUCAUUCUAUCUGUAAAUUAUCCUCUGAAACAAAUGGGAGUUCUAUGUAUAGAAAUUAAAUCCUAAUGCCCCUAGAUCAUAGAAUCUAUUUGGGACCUUGGGAUCAUAGGAUCUAGGGCUGAGACAGACCAUUGCAACUAGUCUUUUCUUUAUUGUAUUGAAGGAACUUGCCCAAGACUCUGAGCCUAAAAUAACCCAAACCAGGAAAUCCAGUGUUCUUUUCACCAAUUUCCCCCUUUUCCCCGACUCUUGCCUAUUGUUCAUAUUUCUUUUCUUUUUUUCUUUUUUUUUUUUUGGUGAGGCAAUUGGGGUUAAGUGACUUGCCCAGGGUCACACAGCUAGUAAGUGUUAUGUGUCUGAGGCUGGAUUUGAACUCAGGUACUCCUGAAUCCAGGGCCGGUGUUCUAUCCACUUGCGCCACCUAGCUGCCCCUGCUCAUAUUUCUUGAACUUGUUCCUUGUUAUCUCUGCUGCUUGAUCAGAAGUUAUUGGUCACAAGGUUCUCAAAGAACCUUUAGCUAUUUUUCUGUUUUAUAAAUUCCUCAGUAAAGGCAUUCUUGUUCCAAGCAUGGUGAGAGGAACAGGGUAGUAGAGGGAGCAAAAUGAGAAGGAAUCAAUGCAUAGAGCUAAGUGGCCUCACCUUUCAGGGUGUUCAUCUGUAAGAUAAGAGUUGGCCCCAUAAGGUCCUUUCCAGUUCUAAAACCCUAUGAAUUCCUAUGACUGAAGAGGGAAUGAGGUCUACUAGGGGUUCUGAGGAAUGUGAUAGAAGUAGGUAGAUAGAGGGAAUGAUGUGAGCAGAGAGAGGCUUGUUGCUGAAGAGGAGAAAUGGGGUGAAAAGAAAAGCAGAGCAGACAUUAGGGUCUUCUGCCCUAACAUUGUCUGAGCCUGUACCUCCCUAGUGGUGGCUCUAGGCCUGGCUGCUUUGGGCCUCAGUGAACCCAGCUCCUGGCAUCAACAGCUCUCACACUAUGCCAUUGCUACCAUAUUAGAUCCUUUUCUGUAGCCUGACUGAAAGGAUCUUCGGGACAACUGCAGAUAGAAUGAAGGGGGUGUGAACCCACAUGAUUUGGGCUUCAUAAGCUAAGCAUAUUUGGAAACAUACUUACACAUCGAAACUGUUCUUAAAUUGUUUGUUAAUGUUAUAUUCAGGCAGUUGUGGGCAACAGUUUUGUGACUGGUCUGUUACAAUACAGUUUUUAUUUGUUGAGUUUUCAAUAUCGUUGGGUAUGCUCAGUAGGAGGAUUUCACUUCUGUCUAUGAAAAGCUAGUUUCUGGUGCAUUCUGGCCACUUGCUUGUGUCUGUAGGUAUUUUGGUAGUAGGUGUUAAAUGAUGGUUUCUACUGCUUCCUUGCAUAAUCUGCAUUGAUCAAUAAAUCUUAUCUCCUCAAGGAUAACCUUUCUGUAACUGGUGGGAAUGACUUGGUCUUCUGUGCUAUCAUAAACCCUUCAUUUUAGUACAUGAAUGUGUAUGAUUAUUGUCAGUUGAAUUCAUGUCAGUUUCACCCAUGAAAGGGCUGUUGCAUAGGCUCCACCCAAAGGUUUUGAUUAUAUUUGAUAUAUCCAUGGCAUAUAUAUUCAAUCAGCCUUUACUAUUGCUCUGUGAAGUGAUCUCCGUUCAUUAUCCCAGAAGUAUUUCUGUAUGUGUUUAAUCUGUUUAUCUUGUGUUCUGAAAAUAUCAAUCAAUCCAGAAACCUGUAUUUCAUCAAUAUUGUGUGUAUUUUUAUUUGGGUACUUGCUAAAUCUGUUGUCACCUGUCUUACUGUUCCAAAAAUGUACAUGAAGUAAAGUGUUGUAUAGGUUUUAAUAUUUCUAAAUGCGUUCUUCCCAUUGAGCUUUUUAGGCAGCUAGGUGGUGCAGUAGAUAGAGUGCUAGGCCUGGAGUCAGAAAAAUCUGAGUUCAUAUCUGGCCUUAGACACUUAUUAGCUGUGUGACCCUAGGCAAGUCACUUAACCUCUGA